GAACGCGUCCAGUGUGGAAUCCGUCCAGGUAGUGAGUCCUUGCGAGGGAGGAAGAAAGGAGGGACGUGGGGUUCUUGACAGUCAUGGCGUCUUGGACGUUGGUGGGGCUUUGGGCUCCCAGCGGAGUGCCUCUGUUUGUGCGGCAUACGGGGCACGGGAAGCCGCCUCCAUAUGCUUUGAUUGGUUCACUGAAUGGUGUGCACGUUUUUGGUGAAUCUCAUGGAGUUACCCUCUGUACAACAAGGACUCAGAAUGCCUCACUUACUUGGAAAACUUAUCAUGAUAGUAUUAGACUGGUUUUGGUUAGAGGGAGUGAGACAACAGGAGAUAGCAGUGAUAGCAGCCUCCUAGACCUCAUGUUUGCAUCCCUAGUCUUGCUCCUUGGACUUGAUACUGUGACCUCAUCGACUAAUAUUGAGAGAUUAAAACGAGAUAUCAGACCUUGCUUCCCAUUGCUGGAUGAGCUUCUCUUCCGCGCAGUUGGAGGGGAAAACCAUCAGGGUUUCUCUCACCUUACUGGAUGUGCAGAGUGUGUUAUACCUCCAGAACACCAUGCACUACAGAAUGAAAUUGAAAAGUUUGCUGAAAGUGCAGACUCAACAUAUGCUUGUGUAAUGAUGGAAGGGCAAGUUGUAAGUGGAACACGAAACUUUUGGACACUCUCCCACACUGAGCUGGUUCUGUUGCCUCUCUUGGUGACUACAAACACAUUUACCGUAGCUCGAGAUCUUCCCAUCUAUCUCCCCAACAAGAGUCCAAAUGUACCCUUCAGAAUGCUUGUAGUUCAGCUUACAAGUCAUGUGUCAGUGGUGACACUUUGUGGACCAACUCCAUCCUUAGCAGAUAUGAUCAGGUCUGCCACCUCUUUUUGGGCCCCUUUUUAUCAGGUGUUAGAAGCCCUUAGUAGUCUCCUGCCUUGGAACAUUGCCCCAGCACUACUGGCACAGCUUGAUAAUUCUGUCAUUGGACUUCUUUUGGUAAAUUAUGAUCACAAACGAUGUGUUGGCUGUUUGCAUCUUAGCGAAGAUUCAAGAUCACGAUCAUUAUGUGUUAACAAGAAGAGUGCAGCUUUGCAGUCCGUUUAUCGCAGUAUAAUAGGUCCAUUACUGCAACCACCAGCUAUGCCACCAGAAGAUUUCCCAACUGGGCUCCAUCCAGACCACCUACCUUUGGAGUCAUAUGUUUCCACAGACAGUUAUAAGGUUUAUGUGCUCCAGUCAUCCCCAUUUCACCUUCUAGUCUUAUUUCCACCAGCCCUUCCAAUCCAUAUUGCCAGACAAGUGAGCAAGAGGACAUUGGCAAUCUUCACCAAAGGGAAAACUCCAAGACUCUGACAAUUUUAUGUUGUAUAUAUAUCUAGUACAAACUCUUGUCCUUGUAUGCUUUGUAAAUAUUUUUUAUACAUUAUUUCUUCAUAUCUAAGUCAUGUUAUUGUCACAUUGUUGAGAUUAAUUUUUAAAUGUUAUAAGUGUCACUAUAAUCUAAUUUUUAAAGAAUGAGAGGCAUUAUUUUUUAUAUUGUAAUCCAUUGGUAUAUGACAAUUUAUCAGUAUGCACUUGAAAGAUGUACACUGAAAAAUAAAUAAUGAAUUUAA